GUCAAACCUGUUGCUACUGCGAUUAUAGAAUUAGACUUGUUCUUACAGCUGAGAUUCAAAAGAUCUGACUCAAAGCACAUAGCAUCACCAGAGAAGGAGAAAAGAAGAAUUUUUUUCUGGAAAGAGCAUGUACACUUUGUCUUUCUUUGCACUUUGUCUGAUCGUCAUACUUUUUCUUAAAUGGUGGAGGAUCAGGUUACCAAAUGAGCCACCACUAGAUAAAGGUUUAAUUCCAUGGCUGGGUCAUGCCUUAGCAUUUGGCAAGGACAGUGCCAAAUUUUUAUUGAAAAUGAAGAAAAAAUAUGGCGAUAUCUUUACGGUCCAAUUAGCAGGACGAUAUGUAACUGUUUUACUUGAUCCACAUUCAUUCGGUUCAGUUGUGACAGAAUCCGGUACAAAACUGAAUUUCACAAAAUAUUCAGCAAUUUUAAUGGACAGAAUCUUCAACCUUCAGUUUCCUGACUAUGAUCACAACAAAGAAAAAGUGUUGCUGAAAAUGCAGUUACAAGGGAAAAGUCUUUCAUCAUUGACACAGGCAUUUUUGUCUAAUCUUAAAACAAUUUUACUGAUUGAUGAAAAUGGAACAAAGAAUAUCUGGAAAAAAGAAGCAUUAUUCAACUUCUGUUUUGAUGUUAUGUUCAGGGCAGGAUACCUUACGCUGUAUGGAAAUGAGGCUGCUCAAACCGAUGAACAAGCAUCAAAAGUUAAGGAUAGAAUUCAUUCAGCUCAAAUCUACAAGGUGUAUAAGAAACUAGACCAACUCUUGAUAAAAUUAGCUCGCUCCAUGUUAUCUGCUGAUGAAAAGAAUGAGGCUGCCUUGGUAAAGAAAUAUCUAUGGCAAUUGUUGUCAGUGGAGAAGCUAAAGACAAAAGUGAACAGAAGCAGUUGGCUUGAAAGCUACUGCAAUCAUCUUCAGGAACUGGGUAUGAAUCAUACUAUGCAGGAACGUGCAAUGGUACUUCAGCUCUGGGCAACACAGGGUAAUAUUGGGCCUGCAGCAUUUUGGCUCCUAUUGUUCCUGCUGAAACAUCCAGAAGCAAUGUCUGCAGUUCAAGAAGAAGUCAAGAAAAUCCACUACAAUUGUGUAAUGUCUACUAUUAGUCAGCAAGUUCUUGACAGUACUCCAAUUUUCGAUAGUAUUUUAAAUGAGACUCUGCGGCUGACAGCAGCACCAUUUAUCACUAGAGAAAUUCUCCAGAGUAUGGCGCUGCAGCUUGCAGAUGGCCGAAAAUAUCACCUCCGCAAGGGAGACAGACUUGUUCUCUUUCCUUAUUUAAGUCCCCAGAUGGACCCAGAAAUCUAUGAAGAUUCUGAGAAAUUUAAAUAUGAUCGAUUUUUGAACCCAGAUGGAACAAGAAAAACAGUUUUCUUCAAGGGUGGAAAGCAGCUAAAGCACUACAGCAUGCCUUGGGGUGCAGGAACCAAUGUUUGUAUUGGACAAUCUUUAGCAACAAAUAGCCUAAAAGUGUUCGUUUCUUUAAUGCUAAAUUGUUUUGAUUUUCAACUUACUGAUCCAAAGGCAGAAGUCCCAGCCUUUAACACAAGCAGAUAUGGAUUUGGACUAAUGCAGCCAGAAAAUGAUAUCAUGUUUCAGUAUAAAGUCAAGAUUGAAUAGCCCAAAGAACACAACACAACAGAUAUCACAAUCUACAGUUGUACACAAAGUUUUGGAACUCUCGUUUUUAUUUCCUUGAUGAAAAUUGAUCUCUUCUUGCAAUUGUUUUCCUUUUAGGAAGAAAACUUGAUGGAUAGUGAUGUUUUUAGAAAAGGUAUUUCUUACUAAAGUGUCAUUAGAGUUCAGGAUAGAAUCUCAAAUGAGAAAUGCACAACAAGAUGUUAUGAAAAUUUGUAAAGAUAAGUGGCUGUGUAGAACUGGAAACACAUAACAAAACACUACUAAACUUUUUUUAAAUUAUUCUUGUAUUUUAAUAUUUAAUGAAAAAUAAAAAGCACAAUAUUGACAGUUUUACUGCGAAAUAAUCUGCAGGAUUUCAUAGAACACAUACAAUGCCACCCUAUCUGUUAUUGUUGACAAAUCCCACAUGUCCGUUAACAGACCAUUUCAAAGAGUUUGCCCUCGUGUCAAGGGCUAGAUUUUAUUUCAGUUUGGCUUGCAAAUUCAUUGAAAUAAUAUCACUGAACCAGAAACAAUAAAAUCUGAAUUUAUAUAGCACAUUUUAUAAUCAAGGGACAAUCCAAACUGAACUUUUUAUCCAACAAAGUAUUUUUGAAGUUAUGUGGCCAAGGUCCCUCUGAAUUAAUGACUGGAAAGACAAGGACUUGUGUAUUGAAAGAUCAAACACAGAAGUCAGUCUGAAAUAUUGGUUCAGAAGAUGUGUGACAACAAUAAUGCCAAUCCCACGUCUCAUAAAUCAAGAGACAACCCCUUAAAAAUCAAGAGAUUUUGUUUAUAAAUCGGAAGAUGCUUCCUUUUUCAAGAAAAAAAUCAAAAUGGAUUGUCACAUGAUUUUUAAAUCCUAGUAUAGAAUUGGUUAAUUUGUAACAAGUAAUAUUUUUAUAAUCAUUUAUGUUAUUUACAACAAUUGUAUUGACAUUAUCAGAAAACUGUUUACAAGAUUAAAAAGACAGUCAGAAGAGGAACAAAUGACACUUUCUCAAGAAAAAGUGUUGGUUAGCAGAAACAGAAUCUAUUACACUAAAUAGGUUUUCAGCAAUCAAGAGGUCAGUUUUCAUAGUCUGUGCGUUGAAAGUACAUAUGGAUAAUGCAAGCCUCCAUAUCUCUGAAACUAUCAUCACUCUCACCCAUCAUUUGAGCAAAAGGGCAGGUCUGGUAUGAGGUCCAACUGAUUCAAAUAACAGUUGGCAAGAGCUUUUAUUAUUGAAAUAUAGUUUUUGUUUUUCUGCAGGAAAGUUUUUUUGUAAUGUUUGAAUCAGGAAACAUCAGCUUUAUGAGUUUUGUGAAAUGACCUGAAAAUGCAGUUGGCAGUCCAUGUUCUGUGAUGACUUGGCAAAAAGUUUAGCAGUUGUCACUUUGUGCGUAAAGUCUGUGAUACUGAGCUAACAAAGCCUGUUAUUGACUGCGGCAUUUUCGAGGCCAGAGCUCAGCUUACAUGCUUGUAAGUUUCCAGAUAUCUUUUGAGGUUAUUUACUCUAGAAUUUCUAGAGCUGAUGUCUUUAACACAAGUCAGCCAAAAAUGCACAUGCAUCUGAAAGUCUGAUUUUUUUGUUACUGGUAGAAGUAUAUCAGUCCCCAUUAUUUUUACACCUGUAGUAACUUGCUUCCCUUUAACAACAUGACUAAUACGAAAUUGCAUGUGACUCAUUUGAGCAGGCAAAAACCUUGAAAAUGCAAUGCAGAAUUGUCAGAAAAGAAAAGAUAACUUCGUGUAGUCUUCUGUGCAGAACUAAUCUACCUAUUUACCCCUUGGAAAAAAAUCUACAAAAAUGUACACAUUUAGGGUAAUAGCUGCACAUGUCAAAUUAAAAGAAUCUUAAAAGAACUCCAACCCUCUAUUUAAACCUGUGCCUUUAAAUCCAAUAUCAACCUUUAAAGACCAGAAUAGUCGGGUCAUAAAAUAUUGUGUAGGACACAUACAUAAAAACAGCAUUAGAAAUCAGUGAAUAAUGUCUUUAGCAAAAGAAAACCCUGCAAAAUUGAUAACAGGCAAGUUUGUUCAAUGCUACGGAUUACCCAAAAAGUACAUUCAUAUCAAGGGUCAAAUGUUAUGUCACAAUAUUUAAAGAAAUAAUAGCUAAUUUUGGGAAUAAACUAGUUUACAUCUCCAACUUAUCACCCGCAUUCAAGAUGCAUUGGAAAGCUGGAAUUAAACUUUGAAUACAAUAAUUAGAGUUGAUUUACCAAUGAUGUUCAAAUGACUAGAAUGAAUUGUUACUAUUUGCCAAUCAGGUGCUGCUAAUAAGACUGCAUGAUUUAUCCUGUAUACUGCUGUUCAUCAUUUAUAUAUAUGAUUUGGAUAUAAAUAUUGAUGUAGUUAUUAAGUUUGCAGAUGACACCAAAAUAGAUGGUGUAGUGAACAGUGAAGAAGAUUAUCUCAGAGCACAAUGGUUGAUUGAUCGGAUGGGCCAAUGGGCCAAGAAGUGGCAGAUGGAGUUUAAAUUAGAUAAAAAUGCAGUGUUGUAUUUUGUUAAGACAAACCAGGGUAAGACUUAUAUUGUUAAUGAUGGGACCCUGGGGAAUGUUGCAGAAUAAAAAGACCUCGGCAUGGAGGUCCACAGUUCCUUGAAAGUGGAUGCCGAAAAGAUUUACAAGAAUGUUGCCAGACUUGAGGGUUUGAGCUAAAUGACGAAACUGAAUAGCUUGUUUUUAUUUUCCAUGGUGCAUCGGAGACUGAGGAGUGGCCUUAAAGAAGUUUACAAAGUCACGAGGGACACGGAUAGGAUGAAUAGCCAAGGGGGGAGUCCAAAAAUAGAGGGCAUAGGUUUAAGGUGCGAGGAGAAAUAUUUAAAAACCACCUGCGGAGUAACAGUUUCAUGCGGAGGGUAGUAUGUAUAUGGAACAAGCUACCAGAGGAAGUGAUGGAGGUAGGUGCAAUUACAACAUUUAAAAGUCAUCUGGUGAGAUAUAUAAAUAGGAAGGGUUUUGGGGGAUAUGGAUCAAAUCUUGACAAAUGGGACUAGGUCAAAUUGAGAUGACUGGUCAGUGCAGACGAGUCGGACCAAAGGGUGUGUUUUCAUACUAGAUGAAUCUAUGACUCUAACUAACAAAUAAAGAUGAGGUGAAAGGACUACUUAAAGCGAUUAAAGAAAAUUUGAUAAACUGAGGCUCACUGGUAACAUUUCCAUCUUCUGGUACUAGUUUCACAGAGAAACUGACCAGAGCAAAUGAUUAACUACAUUUGAAUGAGGUUCAACAAACAAUGAAAUCUAGAACAGAUGUCAAGUCUAAAGUUUGAACCUUGAUUGACUAAGACAAGAUGUCAAUAUUGUUACCUGUCUCUAGGCCUCCAUUAAAAUCAGGGUUAACUGAGCUUAAUCAAAUCAAAAAGAAAGUUAACGAUCUAAAAUUGUAGUGAGUAUUCCAGAGAGGAGAAAAAGAGUCAGUAUGUUGUUUUAAUAUUUUAAAAAAGAUAUCAUGGCAGUCAUGGUAGUUUGGCAAAAAGUGUACUUAAGGUAGUGAUAGAAGUAGGGAGUGAAAUAUCUGGAAAAAAUGAAGAAUGAAUCAGAAAUUGAAACUUCAAAGUUUACCUUCUAGCAACCAGAUUGGAUAAUGUAGAGUAGGCUAAACGUUAGAAAGCAGCCUGUCUUAUCAUCCAGAAAAAAAUUUGAAGUAAUUUACAAAGGCUGUUCAGAAUCAUAAAUGAAUUUGUGGGAAGAGGCCAGGAAAUAAAUGUUUUUAUUAUUUGUGAUAAUAAGAUGGGGGAUGCAUAACCUAUAUAUAAGAAAACACCCUUACAGACUCAAUCCAGAAAAAAUACCUCAUGUGAGGGAAGAAAUUCAAUUCAUGAUGAACAAUGACAUCAGUGAACCAAAUUACAGAAGCUGGAGUUUACCUAUUGUGAUGUUGCUGAAAUCAGGUGGGUCACAAAGUCAAGGUUUUAACAAUGGUGGCUUUGAGAUUGGAGGAUUGCACUGAACAAAUUGGACACAUGCAAUUUGACACAAAAUUCGACAUGCUAAAAGAAUUUUUGCAUGUCUUAUUUACUGAUAGACCCAAAGAAAUAGCAACUUUGUAACAUUGGUUAUGCACUAAUAAUGCAAAGUCAUGCCACAGGAAUGAAAAAUGCACCAGCAAUGUUAUAACAGUUAGCCAAUAAAGUAAUUAAAGGCAUGCAUCACUGUGUUGUUUAUAUCAAUAAUUUGGUUGCUUUUAGCCAAAUAUGGCCAGAAUAUUUCUACCAUUUGACCUGAAAUGCUUGAUUGGCUACAACAAACCAGUUUGGUUAUAAUCCAGGCCAAGAUUGAAUUGGUUCAAGCAAAAAUGGCUUGUUUGGGCUGCAAUAUGGGAACAAGGCCAAAAUAAAACUGAAAUUAAAGUGAAUUUGAAUUCUGGUGCCUGACGCAAAAUGUGAGAUCUUGUGUAAAGUAAGAAUGAGUUGAUUUUACUGCAUGUUUGUCCCUAACAUCAGCGCUGUUGUUGCUUCAAAUUCGUUGAAGAAAGUCAGAAAUAUUGAAUGGAUGCAAUUUGUCAGAAUGCCUUUUGAAACUUGAAAGCCAGUGUUAUUCAGCCCAAGUAGUAAGAAGCCAUUCAAACUUGCUGCUGGUGCCAGUGACAUUGGAGUGCAGGGCCAUUUAACUUCAUGAUUAACAAACUGGGAUUGAAUAGCUUGUCAGUUAUUUUUCAAAGAAACUAAUCACCUGCUAGCAAAAAUAUUCAACUGUUGGAAAAAAAGACAUCUAGUCUUGUGUUGGCUCUGUAUCAUUUUGAAAUAUACAUCAUGAACAAUGUGGAAGAAAUUGCUAUUUAUAUGGAUCAUAAUCCUUUCAUUUUCCUGGAAAAAGUUUGGGAGAAGAACUUAAUGAUGAUUAUGAUGGAGAUUAAUUUUCCAACUAUAAUCUUAAAAUUGUUCAUGUUCCUGAAAAAGAAAUGUUAUAAUAGGUGCUCUAUUGAGAGCAUAUACAAAGGAAACUGAGUGCUAGGGUGCCCAUGAUUUAGGUAAAAUCUGUUUGUUAUAUAACUCAUUGUACGUUUAAUGUCCAUAUGUCACGACUGUUAAUGUGACAUAGAAAAUGGUUUUAAGAUCAUUUUUAACAGGUCGUGAAAAUGCCGAUUAAAGAUACACUUCCAUUCUUCUUUGAAUGGUGGUUUAAAGUAAAGUCUGUUUUCAGAUAUGUGCUAGUAUUAUUUAUUUUAAAGAUUAAAUUUGGAGCAGAUAUCAUAUGGGUUAGUCUGCAUGCAUGUAGGGGUCUAAUGAUUAACCUGUCAAUAUUUCCAGAGCUGCUUUUUAAAAAGUAAGGCGUGAUUGAGAGAUUUCCUGGUUUGGUAAUAUAUUUGUUUUUAUAUUGGGUGAGUUUUACAAGUGGCCAAAGUAAAUGUUGAUGAUCAUUAGUUUGCUUUCGGUUUGAAUGAUCAAGAGUUGAUUUUUUGUUUUGCUUAGGGUAACAUCCAUAUGUCUGAAAGUGUUUUGCCUGCAGUUAGGGUUACUUUGAAGAAGUUCCAAAGAAAGUUAGUUGUGUGAAAUUAAGGGAAGGCGAUGGCAUAGUGGUAUUAUCACUGGACUGUUAAUACAGAGAUCCAGAUAAUGUUCUAGGGACCUGGGUUUGGAUCCCGCCAUAGUGGAUGGUGGAAUUCAAGAAAAUAUUGAGAAUUAACAAUCUAAUGACGACCAUUGUCAAUUGUUGGAAAAAUGCAUCUGGUUCACUAAUAUUCCCUGCAGGGAAAGAAACUGAUAUCCUUACUUGGUGAGGCCUACAUGUGACUCCAAACCCAUAGCAAUGUGGUUGACUCUUAAAUGCCCUCUGGGCAAUUAGGAAUGGACAAUAAAUGCUGCCUGGCCAGGGAUGCCACCAUGCUGUGAGUGAAUUAAAAAUAUAAUAUCACCUGAAUAAAAGAGAUAGUUUUGACCUGUUACUAAAGAGGUUACCUUAGUGUAAGUGUUUUAGUUUGGAAGUUACAGAACAGAAAUGUUUGCUUAGAACUCUGAAAGGGUUAUUUGAAGCUCAGAAAGUCUAAACUUAGUUUGUGAACACUCAAAGAAGAGGCCAUCAAACACUCAGCACUGCAAAUGGAAAGAAAUAGCUACAUUAAGCCUAGAUGUGGUAGAGGAAGUGUUCUCUCUGGUGUUUGAGUUUUAUUUUUAAAAAUUGCUGUUGGGAUAAAAAGGAUUAAAUUUUACGAUGUGUUUCAAAAUCUUUACAAUUUUGUUAGCGUAAAUAGCUUGAUUUUUUAUCUUCGUUCUAUUUUGUUGUUAAAACAAAAUCUUUAGUUUUACCUGCUUUCAUUCCAGUGAAAGAUCACCUCAUUAAAUACCAAAAGACAAAAUAUGAUCUAUCAAGCCAGAUUUAAGUCUUGGAUCUGAAUUAACCAGUAAUAAUAUCAGCUGGAAUUAUAAUAACAUAUAUCAGGGACAACAGGGGACCUAACACUAACCUGUGGGGAACCCUAAUAUAAACCUGCCUCCAAUCUGAAAAUUGACUAGCAAUUCUCCACUUCAUUUCCUGUAACUCAGUCAAUUCCAUAUUCAUAUUGUUAUAAUUGCUUUUAUCAGAUAAGGUCUAACUUUGCUGACAAAUCUGUUGCAUGGGGAAAAACAAAAGCCGAUGGAUUUGGAAAAUAUCCUUAACAAAUAUGCUUACUUGUUUCGUAUUAGUCUCUCCUGCAGUGCUAAUUCUCAGUCCAAUAAAUUAUUCAGCAUUUGCACCUUAAUACAUGAUCUAAAAUGUACAAACUAUAAACCUUACAAACCACUUAUUAAUCCCCACUGCUCAAUAUAAAUGAUUUAGAGAAAAUGAAUAAACCUUGUUUGAAGCAUCGAAGUGUUUAAAUGUCAUGCUGACUUGGCCACUGGUAAGCUGGUCAGUUUUGAUUGUCUUUUGUAGGUGACCAAUCUUUGACCGCAGUAUAGGUGUAAAAUUGUAAAACUUCUGACAGGCUAAUCAUUUUGUGUGAAUUGUCCCUAUUGUGCAGUGAAAGAUAGUGUAAUGUCCUGCUAGGAGUCGGUAGCUAAGUUGGCUGGAUGGCUGGUUUGUAAUAUAGUGUGAUACCAACAGCAUGGGUUCAAUUCCAUACUGGUUGAAGUUACCAUGAAAGACUUCCCUUGUCAACCUCUCUCCUUACCUGAGUGUGGUGACUGCCAGGUUAAUCCAUCAGCAGUCAUAUCUCUCUAAUGUUGCCUUAAUCGAGACUGGGCAGGGUGUCAAUGUCACGUGGAGGUUGUUUUUAAGUUCAGUUUAAUCUUCUUCCUGAUACGGAAGCUACCUUUAGAUCAUUGUCCGACACAACCUGGAGACAGCUAUCCACUGACGGUGUAAAUUUUGGAAAAAGCUUUAGCUCAUUCGCAAGCAAAUAUGUGUAUUGAGAAUAGAAAUCACAAGAUUUAAAUGCCCCAGUGCAAGAUUAUGAGGAAUACUCAGAAAUCACAUUUCUUAUGAUAAGUUUGAUAGCAUGUCUGCAUAUUAAUGUUAUGGAUAGAAUAUUUGGGCUUUUAAUGUUUCCAAGAUUAUUACUCUCUAUGGUACCUUAUGCACAAAUUGGUUGCAGUGUUUCUUACUUUUGAAAAUGACUGAUCAUCUAAAAUAUUUCAUUGCCUUUUGAUAUCCUGAGGUCAUGAAUGGUGCAUUAUAAAUUCAAGUCUUCCAUUUAACUAACAUUAUCAUGUUCUUAUUUCAUUCUACAAUGACGUAUGCAUUUACA